AUGCUUAUAGUUACCCUAAAGAUGACCGUACCAGCACUUUUACGUGCCCUUCUGGGACUGACUAUAAGGUCAUCUUCUGUCCUUGAAUUGAUCUGGGUUGUCCUCAAUAUGCAGAAGGGGAAGAACUAA